UUGUUGAUUAAAAAGCAUGUGGGAUUUUUCUUAUAGUAUUGGAAAUGAGUCUAUAAAUAGCACCAAAGUCCUGAGAGUUCCGAAUGCAAGGCAGUUCAGUUGAGUCACUAGUCAUGGGUUACAGUAGUUGGGUUGUUGUUCUGUUAUUGGCUAUAAGUCAAGGUGGGUUAGCCAUUCAAAAUCAAGAAUUAUGCUUCAAAGCUUCUAGCUAUGGUGAUGCACUUGGCAAAGCUAUUUUAUUUUUUGACGGGCAACGCUCUGGCAAGUUGCCUGCCAACCAGCGAGUUUCUUGGAGAGCUGACUCUGCUCUUUCUGAUGGCAAGCCUGAUAAUGUCAAUUUAACAGGAGGUUACUAUGAUGCUGGUGAUAAUGUAAAAUUUGGAUGGCCAAUGUCAUAUACUCUAUCUUUGUUGAGUUGGGCUGCACUUGAGUAUCAGAAAGAGAUAGCUUCCAUCAACCUGCUUGGUUACCUCCAAAAUGCAAUCCGUUGGGGCACAAACUACCUUUUAAAAUCUCAUACUUCAUCCACGACGUUUUAUACCCAGGUAGGUGAUGGAAAUGCUGAUCAUGCAUGCUGGGAAAGACCGGAAGAUAUGGACACUCCUCGAACACUCUACAAGAUAACACCAAACUCACCAGGCACUGAAGCUGCAGCUGAGGCAGCAGCCGCUCUUGCUGCUGCUUCACUUGUGUUUAAGUCUGUUGACUCCAAAUAUUCAAACAAGUUAUUAAGGCAUUCACAAUCAUUGUUUGACUUUUCAGACAAGUAUAGAGCAACUUAUAAAGCUUCUUGCCCUUUCUACUGCUCUUUCUCAGGUUAUCAGGAUGAGUUGUUAUGGGCUGCGAGUUGGCUAUACAAGGCAAGUGGACAAAACAAGUACUUGAGCUAUGUUUCUAGCAAUAGCGGCUGGAGUCAACCAGUUAACGAGUUCAGUUGGGACAACAAAUUUGCUGGAGCUCAGACAUUACUAGCAAAGGAAUUUUACUCUGGGAAGAAGGAUUUGGAUAAGUUCCGGGGUGAUGCAGAGUCAUUUGUUUGUGCAUUGAUGCCUGGAAGUAGUUCUGUGCAGAUUAAAACAACUCCUGGUGGUCUUUUAUACAUUAGAGACAGCUCUAAUUUGCAGUAUGUAACCAGCUCUACCAUGCUUCUGUUUAUCUUCUCCAAAACCUUAACUACAAAUAAUAUCAAUGGAAUCCAAUGUGGCUCUGCACAUUUCUCUGCCUCUCAAAUCAGAUCCUUUGCAAAAUCACAGGUGGACUAUAUGCUCGGAAAUAACCCGAUGAAGAUGUCAUAUAUGGUGGGGUUUGGCAAUAAAUACCCAACCCAAUUACACCAUAGAGGAGCAUCAAUCCCAUCAAUUCGAGUGCACAGUGAUAAGGUUGGGUGCAACGAUGGUUUCUCAAUGUAUUUCAAUUCUAACCGACCAAAUCCAAACACGCAUAUUGGCGCUGUCGUCGGAGGCCCCGAUUCAAAUGACCAGUACAAAGAUUUGAGAACAGAGUACUCACGUGCUGAACCUACUACUUACAUGAACGCUGCUUUUGUGGGUUCUGUUUCUGCUUUGCUCACUGAAAAGGAAGCAGAUUGCUCCACAGUUAUGUCGCAAGAAACUUUCUUGGAUGAUUUGGUUGCUCAGGCCUAAUUGAUCUUCAAGGAAAUAGAAAAUGGUUGAUAUAAGUAAUAAUUACUACCAAUAAUUGAAGAAAAAUUUUAAAGUCUUUAUUAAUUAAGAGGUUCAGUUUUAUAUUCUGUUAAAUGAAAUGUAAUGGUAUAUUUAUAAAAGGAAAUAAUUAUAUUUCCUGUAGUUUGUCUAAUGUACUUAUGUACCAACGUAAAAAAAUAGUAAUCUUCCUAAUAAUUAGAAGCUUUGUCUUAUUUA